AUGGGCCACAUUUACUGUGCACCGUCACCCCAAAUCGUGACCCAAAAACGUGCUCUCGCCUGCCAAAAGUUGCGCCGCCGCCCGCCAAAACUUCUCCACCGGCGCAUCAAGGAAGGAGGAGCGUGCAGCUGCCGUGGAAGCUGCUCAGGAGCUCUCAGCGACCCAGCAUCUCCGUUUUGGCGGUUCCCCAAGGGAUUCCCGCCGCCCGGGAGCUCGCCCCCACCGCCCAGGACGUCGCCGCCACCCAGGAGCUCCUCCUCCUCGCCGCCGCCCAGGAGGUCGCCGCCACCCAUGAGCUCCUCCUCUGAUGAUUUGGAUGUUGAACAGCGGCAGAGAAAUGUUGAAGUGAUCAUGCCCGAAAAUGAAGCAGGUGCCGCAGGUUCAUCAGCUGCUAAGACUGCUUCCUCAGCUGCUCCAGAUGGUCAAUCUAUAGCAGAAAGGGCCAUUGCUCAACUGCCACCAGAUCUUGCAGAGCUGGCUCGUGAUCUAUAGCAGAAGCUAGUGGUGCAACUGAAGCUCUCUAGGGUCGUGCCUUGCCUAGGGCGGCUGCUACUCGUGCUGCUGCUGCUGUUAGCCAAGCUUAUGCUAGGAAGAAGAAGCGUCCAAGAAAGGAAAUUGUUGAUAUUGCUGAAGAUGACGAUAGUGAUCAUGAGAUGAUAGAUGUAGCACAUGACCAGCAUGGUGGAUCUGAUUCAGAAGAAAUAAUGGAGGAGGAUGAAGAUUCUAGAGGACCUGCACCAGAUGCAAAUGCAGGCUUUCAAUUGAAUGAUGAUUUGCUCAUUUAGAUGCUUGGCUGAUUGGCUGCUUAUUUUGUUGUUUCAUUGCUUGUUGAACUGUUAAGUGUUGACGUGUUGUUUAGCUGAGCUGAGCCCUUCAGCUUUUUAUCAUUGGAACCUAUUUAUGUACUGAUUACUGAACCUGUUUAGCUAUGUCUAUGCAUGCUUGCUGCUAUGGAUUGCUUGCUGGUUUA